ACUUGUUUAUAAUCAAAAUAAAAAAGAUGGAAAACUUUUUCUAGCUAGUUUCAAAGUCAAAUGGUUGUUUCUUCAGAUCUCAUCUGAUGAUCUAAAGAAACAACCAUUGACAAUCAUGGAUUUAACGAAUUUUCCAAACCAUACCUCACAGAACACAUCGAUAUUCUUGCAUAACUGUUGGGAUUAUUUUAAUUCCAUCAAUCAGACGGUCAAUGAGCGGAUACAAUUCCUUGAUGUUAAAGGAUUAUUAUGGUAUGCUGAACCCCGUUCAAUGAAUAACAAGUCCAACAUAUGGAUUGGAGAUGAUCCUUUCAACCGUUCAAUUCCAGUUUUCAUGGCUCAGGUUUCUAUAACAGCUCUGGGAACAACAGUUAUGAAAUCCGUAUUGGAACCCAUAGGUGUGACUUCUUUUGUCGCUCAGAUGAUAGCAGGUAUACUCAUGGGUCCUUCAUUGUUGGGGCAAACGGAUUUACUCAAAACAAAGAUAUUCACCUAUGCAUCUUUAUAUACAUUGGAAACAAUUCAGUACUUUGGCUCCAUGUUCUUUCUAUUUCUUAUAGGAGUAAAAACAGAUAUAGGCAUGGUAAAGAAAUCGGGAAAAAUGGCGUUCCUGGUCGGACUCUUUAGCUUCUGCCUAUCUUUAGUUCUUGCGAUGCUGGUGGCUUUCAUUACUGUGAAUAAAUAUAAAGCACAUUUUCCCGAAGUAGCACUAGAAUCCCUCUUUUAUGUAGCAGGAUUAACAUCACUGAGUUCGCCUCACGUCAUCAAUUCCUUCCUGGCUGAUCUAAAUCUCCUAAGUUCCCAACUUGGACGAAUAGCUGUGUCAGCAUCCAUGAUCAGCGGAGGAUGCAGCUUAGUUUCUGUCUUUUUAGUUUUAACACUUAAACAAAGCCAAUUUUCUCAUCAGUUUCCAUAUAAUUUUUUGGCCACAAUGAUCGGUUGUUUCGCAAUCAUCAUAGUUAUUAUCUACGUUAUACGACCCAUAAUGCUAUGGGUGCACAAACGCACAGCAGCAGAUCACAAAGCAGUCGAGGAAGGGUACAUACUUUUCAUUUUUCUUACGGUUUUGGUUUCUUCGUUGGCGGGUGAGUGUGUUGGGCAGCAUUAUUUGGUAGGUCCUUUGCUUCUGGGUUUAGUUGUUCCACCUGGACCGCCAUUAGGAGCUGCAAUAGAAGAGAAACUAGAUUGUUUCGUUACGGCUAUACUUGUGCCAGUAAUCGUAAUUUCUAGAGCAUGCACAUUCAAGGUGUCCGACAUAAAACAUUCAAUGAAAGUGGUAGUUUGGACAAUGGCCUUCUUCAGUUUCUUUGGGAAGUUACUCGGAACGAUGUCGCCUGCUGUCUAUUCCAAAAUGCCAUACCAAGAUGCUAUAAUUCUAGGACUCAUCAUGAGUGUCCAAGGUGUGCUAGAUAUUCAGAUAUGGGUACAAACAAUGAAUCUUCAGCUAAUUGACAGGGACAUUUAUGGAAGUCUCGUGUUACUCAUGGUGGCUUUGACCGGGUCAAUCUCAGUCAUAGUUAAGUUUUUCUACGACCCCGCAAGAAAAUACGCAUCUUACAGAAUGAAAACAAUCCAGCACUCCAAACCCAACGCAGAGCUACGUAUUCUACCUUGUGUCUACCACAAAGAGAAUGUCCCCAGCAUUGUCAGUCUCCUUGAAGCUUCCAAUCCAACAACACAGAGUCCCAUCUGCGUCUAUCCCCUUCACCUAGUUCAACUUCAAGGUCGUGCGACACCUUUACUUAUCGCUCACAAAACGGGCGACCUUAAUGAUCCUUCAGAAGUGAAUGACCCUACAGCACGAACCAUCAUCAAUUCCUUUAAAUCAUUUGCACAUCACAACAAAGGAAUAGUUUCAGUGAAUUCCUUCACAGCCAUCUCACCUUAUAAUACAAUGCAUGACGAUAUUUGCACGCUAAGUUUAGAUAAAAGGACCUCCCUAAUAAUUAUACCCUUUCACCACCAACCAGCUAUUCAUACAAAGUACCAGUCCUCAAAUGCGAUCCGAAGAGUAAACACUAAUGUUCUCAAUAAGGCACCUUGUUCUGUAGGUAUACUAAUUGACAAAGGUGCAACCGGUGAUAAGAGUUGUAAUGCCACCUCUCCUCCAUCCAAGGUUACGGUCAUAUUUUUGGGAGGUCCAGAUGAUCGGGAGGCAUUGGCUUAUGGUGCUAGAAUGGGAGAUGACAUUAGCGUAAAGUUGACAGUAAUUAGAUUCAUGCAUUCUGAUGAAAGGAAGCAGCAAAAAUCAAAAGAGGAGAGAAUAGAUAAUGAUAUAGUAUAUGCAUUUCGGUUUCAAACCUCAGGUUUCAAGAAUGUGAAGUAUGUAGAACAACUGGUGAAAGAUGGAGUAGAACUUAUUUCGUGUAUUAAAGGAAUGGAAAGUUCGUUCGAGCUUUUGAUUGUUGGACGAGAACAUGGAGAAGAAGCAUCUAAACUAUUGGAAGCUUUCAAUCAAUGGAUUGAGUUCCCAGAAUUAGGGGUUAUAGGUGAUAUGCUUGUUUCUUCCGACUCAAAAAUGUCUGGCUCUAUAUUGGUCAUGCAACAACAUCAACAACAAAAUAAGAAGAAAGAAAACAAAAAAAAUGAACAAUCUGUCUUUACUUGAUAGGUCUAUAACCUAUAUCACAAUAGACAUUCCGUCAAAUAUGGUUUUGCAUAUCUGUUAGGGUGUAAUUUAGCAAUAACUUGGCUUUGCUUUUCUUUUCUCCAUGUUUUGUUUCACAAGAUUUGUGUUUUUGAGGGUCAAAUUUGUAGAUCGGUUAUGCGGCUACUAGUUAGCUUCUUUUUGUAACUCUCAAUCCUCCCACUUCUUUGUGGUAGUUCUGUUAUUAUCGAUCUAUUAUUUCCUUUUUCGAGUUAAAAAAAAAUAGUCAGUUUUUUUGAAGCA